AUGAAUUCUCAAAAAGACAACAACGGUUCAGAUUAUCCGAUUCUACCAAAUACAUCUUCUUCUCAAUCUAUACACUUUAACUCUACAUCCUCUUUUCAACCCAUACACUUUAACUCUACCUUCUCUUCUCAGCCUAUACACUUUAGUCCUGAAUUCCCUUCUCAGCCACUAAACCUUCACCCAGAGAAUGAAUCUGAAGACUGUGUAGAGUUAACUGCUGAUGAGAAUGAAGAAGACGGAGAAAGAGGAAUUAGAAAGCGGUGGAGUGCAGAGGAGGAUAUCAACCUCAUAAGCGCUUGGUUAAACACAAGAAAGGAUCCGAUUGUAAGUAAUGAGCAGCGGCUUCAAAGUUUCUGGAAGAGGGUUGCUGGCUACUACAAAGCAAACGAUGGCUCAUCUGGUUCAAUAGCAAGAGGGCCUUCACAAUGUAAGGCUAAGUGGAACAAGAUAAACCACCAAGUCAAUAAGUUUGUGGGGUGUUACGCACAAGUUAGUUCAAGGAGAAAGAGUGGAGAAUCAGAAGAUGAUGUAUUGAGCAUGGCGCAUGAGCUUUUCAAGAAUGACAUAGACAAGCCAUUUUUACUAGGACAUUGCUGGAGGGAAUUGAAGCAUGAUCAGAAAUGGAUCACAGAGGAGUGUAGCCAUAAGCGGACUAAACUCGCUGAAGAAGGGUUGCCAGAAGCGAGCAAUGAUGGAGCUGAUAUGAGGCCUCCGGGGGUUAAAGCUGCCAAGAAAAGAGGCAAGAAACCGGCUGUUAGUCCAACUGUGGAAGAUGGUUCUCAAGAGCGAGUUAGAGAUUGUGUCAGUCCUGCUCUCCCCGACCGUUUUGCACAUAGCUGCACAGAAUGA